UAGAAAUUAAAUUAUAUACCCUGGCGAUGAGUAAAAUUUUGCCAAUUCAUCCAAGCGUGUUACGUUCUUUAAGUUAACUGUGUAUGGUUAUACGAGACUAUUGUAUAUAUACGUCACUAGGAAGCGUAUCGUACAAGAUUCAGUGUGACAAAUGUCAGUUAAUUUGAUAAAUUUACAUCUACCAGUUUAAGUUUUAUUUAUAGCAAUGAAUCGACGUAGAAAAAAGGAAAACUGGAAACAGUUAAAAGAAGCUGUCAUUAAUAAUGAUACAGUUGCUGUAGAAAGAAUUAUUCAGGAGCAUGUAGAAUUAGGAGACGACUGUAAUAUACCGCCUUGGAUAUGGGUAAAGGAGUGUGCAGCUGCUCUUAAAAACAGAUGCCUACCUAUGGUGAAAUUGUUGCUGUCCUCAAAGAGUAUUGCUAGGCACUUUGUAGGUAUUGAGACCAAUAUACAACUGAUGAAGACUGCAAUAAAAUCUGAUUUCGCGGAGGGCGUUCAGUUCCUUCACUUUAAAGGAGUACCUCUUUAUCUUUCUGCUUCAAUAUCACAUUACAGUUGGCAUGCCAUCAUUGAAUGUGUCCAGAACAAUAAGAUCGAGGUGUUAACAUAUCUACUUGAUAUAACAGAUCUAGAUAAAAACCCCGACAAAGACGAGACCUUAUUAAUGUUAUGUUGCCGACAAUUACACGUGGAAAGUUUGGAGAUUUUGUUGAAGAGUGAACUAAAAAAUACAAUUAAUCAACAAACAGGCGAUCGUCAAUAUUCGGCUCUACACUAUUGUAUUGGUCCCUGGCGGAAGAAGGAAGUUCUUGAUUGUGUACAAUUAUUGGUGGAGGCAGGGGCGGAUGUCAAUCUAUGGGAUAUUGAUUGGGAAACCCCAAUCCAAAAAGCUGCUGAACGUGGUAUGGUGGCAGUGGUAAUAUUUUUGGCAAAAAGAGGAGCAAACCUUGAUAUUAGAUACAAUAAAGGUACCCUUAUUCAUUGUCUUGCAGCAGAGGCUAACGAAAUGUCAGGCUAUUAUGAUGAAUGUGUUCAAUUAUUAAUAACCAAAGGUAUAGACAUUAACGAACUGAACUCAUCCAAUGAAACUCCACUGUAUUUAGCAGUAUGUCAUGAAGAGAUGGUGAAGACAUUAAUUAAAUCACACUGUGAUGUCAAUAUCAAAGUAGGCGACGACAUGGGAUCAGUUUUAAUGGAGCCAAUAGGAUACAGUGAUACUAUUACUCAAAUACUGAUUAAUGCUGGAUGUGAUGUUAACAUCGCUGAUAAAUACGGUGUGACACCUUUAAUGAAGUCUAUAAAAUGCUAUCAGACGACUAUCACUGAGAUACUGAUUAAUGCUGGAUGUGAUGUUAACAUCGCUGAUAAAGACGGCGUUACACCUUUACUGGAGUCAAUAAGAAGACCAGAUGCGACGAUGGCUGAAACACUGAUUAAAGCUGGAUGUGAUGUUAACAUCGCUGAUAAAAACGGCGUAACACCUUUAAUGAAAUGCGUGAAGAUGGGUAAUCUUGUUUUAGUUAAACAGCUUAUUGACCGCGGUGCAUCUGUGAACGCUAAAGAUAACAACGGAUGUUUUGUAUUGGACUAUUUAUUUCGUUCUCACCACCGUUCGACAGAUAUUGUUAAGAUAAUGAUAGAGGCUGGGGCUGAUAUCCAUAAAGGUAAUAAUCUGUUGUCUAGAGCAAUUGAUUGUCAAAAGUAUAAAACGGCUUCAUUACUCAUGGAACACGGCAUCGAUGUCAAUACGGUAGAUAAAAAUGGAGAUAAACCCCUUGCUCUUGCCUCCAAACAUUGUAAAACACAUUUGGUAACAUUGCUGAUAUCAACAGAUUGUGAUAUAAAUCACCAGAAUCUACGAGGAGAAACAGUGUUGCACAAAGUGUCGAGAUAUUCUGCUUAUAAUCAAAACAAGAAGAAAAUAAUAAAAACGUUACUACAGAAUGGGGUGAACGUCAAUCUUAAUGACGUCGAUGGAGAGACGGCCUUGUUCAUAGCAGUAGGUAAUAGAGAAAGAUCUAUUACUGAAGAAUUAUUGAAGGCUGGUGCUGAUGUAAACCACUGUGAUAACAGAGAAAGAACCCCAAUGAUGAUCGCAGUUAAAAAUAAGGAUAAUGUUAUAGCAAAUAUUUUACUACAAGCUGGUGCCGAUCUGAAACCGAAAGAUGUAUGGGGUAGAAAUGCGCUAUACCUUGCAGUACUCUUGAAAGUUUCACUGGAUUUAGAUGUUUUACUUAAAUAUUCAAAUUUGAGAAGUGAAGCAGAUAACGCCACAUAUGAGGAAGGCAAAACAUCUUUAAUGGCGGCAGCAGAAAGAGGACCUAAACCUAUGGUAGAAACACUACUCAAUGUUGGUUGUAAUAUCAACCUACAAGAUCAUUGUGGUAAGACGGCAUUGAUGUUUGCUGUUGACAACCAGGAUGAAACUAUUUUAUCACUUCUACUACAGAAUGGUGCAGACUAUAAUAUUUGUGAUGCCGAUGGCAGAACAGCGUUGCUGUUGGCAGCAGAAAGAGGACCUAAAGACAUAGUAGAAAAACUACUCAUUGCUGGCUGUAAUAUCAACUUACAAGACCAUCGUGGUAAGACGGCGUUGAUGUUUGCUGUAGACAACCAGCAUGAAACUAUUUUAUCACUUCUAUUACAGAAUGGUGCAGACUAUAAUAUUUGUGAUAACAAUGGCCAAACAGCGCUGAUGGCGGCAGUACAGAAACAAAAAGAAAUUCAUUGUGAGGAUUUACUGAAAGCUGGGGCUGAUGUUAAUUUGAGUGAUAACAAUGGAAAUACAACUUUGUUGAUUGCAGUCCGGUUGAAUAACUGGAAGAUUGUAAAUGGUUUACUGAAUGCUGGAGCUGAUGUUAAUCUGAGUGAUGACAAUGGAGAGACAGCUUUGAUGAUAGCAGCACGAAACUGUAAUAGGCUGAAUGACAGGAAGAUUGUAAAUAAUUUACUGAAUGCUGGAGCUGAUGUUAAUUUUAGCUAUAACAAUGGAAAUACAGCAUUGCUGACUGCAGUCGGGUUUUAUAACAGGAAGAUUGUAACUGAUUUACUGAAGGCUGGAGCUGAUGUUAAUCUGAGUGAUAAUAAUGGAGAGACAGCUUUGAUGAUAGCAGCACGGAACUGGGACAGAUUUAUUUUAGAAUGUUUACUGAAAGAUGGAGCUGAUGUUAAUCUGAGUGAUACAUGGGGGAGAUCAGCUAUACAUGGUAUAAUGGUUGAUGAUGGUUAUCAUUAUAGAUGGAUCAACUGUCUAAAAUUACUUUUAAUCAAUAAAUGUUACGCGUCUCUUGAUACUCCGGGAGAAGAUGGAAAAACUUUAUUCGAAUGGUUACUGCUGGAAAAAAUGGAACAAGAUCUUAUAUGGUAUCUCAUAACGGAAAAUUGUUCUCUCAAAGGUUUGGAUCUUUCAAAGGUCAAAGAUAAAUUUCAAUUUCCCGAUAUGUUGAUGCUUUCUAAAAUUCUGUUUGAAAGUGGUGCACCGAAGAGUGAAGUAGAGACCAUGAUUUUGUUGUCGGUUUUAAAUACUGAUUUGUCGCGUUCCACACAUAAUCCGAUGCUUGGUGAAUCUGAAGAUAAACAACAACUUGAUGAUUUCCGCGAUUCCUGUAAAUCGAGAAGUUUGAAGUCAAGAUGUAGAAGAGAAAUCAGAAACUGUAUCGGACCAGGAAUCAGCAGUAAAAUAACUCAAGUUGGUUUACCGAAACGUUUACAAGAUUAUGUCGUCAUGAAAGACUUGAUACCCGAGAAAUACUAUACUCUUGUACUAAACGAUGAAGAUGACGACGAUGAACAUUGGGUAAAGUUAUUAUUUUUAUGAACCAGAUUACUAUUCUGACAAUUAUUAUUAUGAUUCCUAUGGCAGCAGUGCUAAAAGUUAUUAUGAACCAGAUUAUUAUUAUGAUUUUUCUGACUAAAGACUAAUUAAUAUUGACGACUGCAAUGUGAAUAAUUAGUUAAUGUUGUACUUUUAUUUUCACUUAACAUACUAUAAAAAUCUAGCUAUGCUAUGAUAUUAACAUUAACAACUACAGUGUGAAUAAUUAGUAGUCUUACUCCAGUCAAUAUUCUACUU